AUGCAGUCCACCUCGGCUCCCUUGACCCGUUCGCGAACGAACCUCUUCCUCUCCUACCGCGACUCGGCGAUCCGACCCUCCCACGCGACUCCCUACUCGCACUACCUCGACGAUGAGCCGACCCUCUCCGAAUCCCAAGCACUCAUGAGUGAUACCGUCGAUGGACCGGGUGGUGGCGUGGGAACGAGCACGAGUCGCAGAGGAAGUGCUGCAGCGGGUCGGACGGUCGAGCUGUUGCCGCCGAGAUGGGUCGAUUUGAGCGAUCGCGUCGAUGAGGUGUUGCAGAGGGUCAAACCCAAGAGUGAGUAGCGAGAUUCGUGAACUGGUGAUGGGCGAGACUGACGGUGUGGCGUCCCUGGCAGUCGCACAACUGGACAAGCUGCACGCCAAGCAUAUCCUUCCGGGGUUCAAGGACCGAUCCGCCGAGGAGAGGGAGAUUGAUGCUUUGGCCACAGAGAUCACCAGCGUACGUUAGACUCAGAUAACGUCUGUGAUGGGCGACGUGCAAGGUGGGGCCUUUACUGACGUUUGCACCUCACCCCCAACAGGACUUUCGUACCUGCCAGAGGUUCAUCCGUCAAAUCGCCGAAAUGUCCCGCGCACUGCUACAACAACGCGUCACGCAUGCCAAUGCCGAAUCAACGCGCUUGGAGCUCAUCAUGGCCGCGAACGUGCAAACGGCCCUCGCGACCAAGGUGCAGGAACUGAGUGGGACGUUCAGGAAAAAGCAGACCGCUUAUCUGAAGCGUGCGUGAAUGGAAUGAUGUGCUCCGCGUCUUGAUUCGAGCGAAAACUGACUCGAACUUUUGCGAUCCCGUAUUCAGACUUGAAAGGGCACGAAUCCAAGGCGGCGGAUCUUCAUUCCCAAGAUCCUCUCUUCUCACUUGGCGAGGACGAGUCCUUCGUGAGUGACGGUCGUUAAUCUAUGCCGAGCGGAGCUCGAGAUUUUUUCAAGCUCAUGUAAGCUCCAUCCCCUAUAGUCACAGAAUACGCUUAGAUCCUCCCAAACGACGAUGUUCGCCUCGUCGCACGGCGUCGACAUCCAACAACGUGACGCCGAGAUCAACGCCAUCGCGCAAUCGAUCGUCGACCUCGCGGACCUGUUCAAAGAUCUCAGUUCAAUGGUCAUUGACCAAGGCACCCUACUCGAUCGCGUCGAUUUCAACGUCGAACAAAUGGGUGGCGAAGUGCGCGCUGCGGUGGAGGAACUCAAGACGGCGACGCAGCACCAACGUCGAUCGGGGAAGUGCCAGUUGAUCUUCUUGCUCAUACUGCUCAUCGUUGGGUGUAUUGUCGUGAUUGCGUAUCGACCGACGAAGGAGUCGAGACCCUCAACGCGAGUGAAGACUCCACCGAUAACGGCGUUACCGACCGUACCGCUGGUGGAUAAUGAUGUCGAGGAUAAGAGGAGGAGGAGAACGGAGGGGAGGGGUUUACUGGGGUCAUUGAGCGAAGGAGUAGCCGCGGCGCAGCCGAGGGACGGGAUGAGGUUCCUCAAACCUGGGAGAGGACCCUCUUUACCUGAUAUCAGGGUUGGGCAGAGAGACAAGAUGGGGAAGCUAGAGAGACGGAAGUUGCGGCGGUCCUAUAUGGUUGAUGAUCGACGGCGGGGCUGA